CUAUUUCCAAUGGAUUUCCGUUGAGUUUGGAUGCCGGUGUGACUGUGUCUUCUUCCCGACCGAGUCGAAAAGUCGUUUACGAGGCUCUAGUUGAUUGCUGGUGAGGAGGACUGAGGAGAAAUGUCCACGUUUUACCCCUACGUUAGUCCGUGCCCCAUCGAGGACUGCACGCAAUAUCUGGACCAGCGUAUGAACUGGAAGGUGACGAAAUGCGGCGGCACGACGUUUCUCAGCGACCGCGGCACGUUUGCCUGCGGGCACAUGGUGGCGGACUUCCAGUGCAGGUACUCCUGCGGCAAGGGCACCACCGAGUUCCCGUUCGUCGAGUCCUGGUUUGCGUGCAAGAAUCAUGGCUACGUGUACAAGCAGUGCGAGAACUACGAGGACUUUGCAGCCGCCAUGAAUACCCUGGUCGAGUUCAUCGACCUCGCAAAGCCGGCUGGCGUAGAAAGCCAGACAUUCCGGCGCUGGCUGAAGCGCACCACCAGAGCAGUUAUGAACCAGUACCGUGACUCUGGGAAGCUGUAACAUUAGUACUCCACCACGCACCCUACUACUCCACCACGCACCCUACUACUCCACCACGCACCUUACUAGUGCACCAUGCAUCCUAGCUGCUCCGGGCACGAAACUUGAACGGCCAUCCACUUUUUCACGCUCCCAGUAUGCUGUUGAUACUGAUACUUGUCGUUGUGUUUUGUCAGUCAUGCUACUUAGACUCUGCUCGAGUGUGAACGGAGCGUCGUGCAAGCUACUCCUGCUCCCAGGCCAAGCAAUACACCUCCAUUGUAACCAGAUGUCUUUUAAACUGCUCAAAGCUAGUAGCAUGCAGCUUAGGCAUUGGGUCACUUCGCUCCUGCUCCCGAGCAUUUAUUUUGUUGCUGUCUUUGUGAAUUUUUUAAAGCUUUUGCCUAUACAUGUACGAGUAUCAGUAUCAUAAUAUUAUAAUUAUUAUGUGAAUAAUAUUAUAAGCUUUAACGACUUGCCAUCACAACACUCAA